UGCUGCGCUAAUUGCCCAAUGGGGCUCGUGGGCCAAUCUGUAGUAAUGGAGCCACCUGCCAAUCUGCAGGAACAGGAACUGGUAGGUGGCGACGUGGCGUCUAUCGGUCGUCGUCGUAUACGCAGUCCACCUGCUGCUCCUCAACACCGCAGCAGCCAUUCUGUCUUUCUGUCGUUCGCCCUCACAACCAUAGUGCUCGCUCGGUCUAGUUUAGUGCUUGGAGUCGCUCCUAAACCUCAGAAAAAGAAAAUGGAGGUGGAGACGGCGCUGCCCCCGGCCGGCUUGCAUGCUGUAGAUUCUUCAAGGUCUUACUCCGAUAAGCUGGGAGAUUCCUCGCCGGUGGCGGGAAGUGGCGGCGGCGGCGCGCAUGGCGCGGCGACGAAGCUGCAGAAGGUGUACCGCAGCUACCGGACCAGGCGGAAGCUCGCCGACUCCGCCGUCGUCGUAGAGGAGCUCUGGUGGCAAGCGCUGGACUUCGCGCAGCUCAGCCACAGCACCAUCUCCUUCUUCGACGAACCCAAGCCGGAGACCGCCGCCUCGCGCUGGAACCGCAUCAGCCUCAAUGCAUCCAAGGUGGGUCAGGGUCUAUCCAGAGACGGCAAGGCUCUGAAGCUGGCUUUCCAGCACUGGAUCGAGGCUAUCGAUCCACGGCAUAGAUAUGGGCACAACCUGCAUUUCUACUACGAUGUCUGGUUCCAAAGCCAGGCCGGCCAGCCAUUCUUCUACUGGCUUGAUAUUGGAGAGGGAAAAGAUAUAGACCUUCCAGAGUGUCCAAGAGCUCUGCUGAAGAAGCAAUGCAUAAAAUAUCUUGGUCCGCAAGAGCGUGAGCACUAUGAAUACAUCAUUAAUGAGGGAAAGAUUAUCCAUAAACAGUCUUUAGAACCACUUGAUACAAGCCGGGGUCCUAAAGGGACUAAAUGGAUUUUUGUUAUGAGCACAAUAAAAAGACUUUAUGCUGGCAAGAAAGAGAGAGGUGUAUUACAGCACUCCAGCUUUCUAGCAGGAGGUACUACCAUAGCUGCUGGAAGAUUUACUGCAGAAAAUGGAGUUAUCAAGUCCAUAUGGGCCUACAGUGGUCACUACAAACCUAGCGCAGAGAAUCUCAGCAAUUUCAUGAACUUCCUUGAAGAGAAUGGAGUUGAUCUCAAAGAAGUUGUGGUGCGUUCAUCUACCAAAGAAGACUACAAUGAAGAUCCAGUGCCUGAUGGCUCACAGAAUCUUAAAGCUGCAAUGAUGGGAUUAACUCCUCCAGAAGUGAUACCUCCAAACAUGACAGAAGGUGAUGAAGGCGAGAAUGCUUCUAGAGAACAAGCCAAGCCGACCUACCAAAGAACCUUAUCAGGUGGUCUGCAAAGCCCGAAAGCCACCGAUGUCCCACAGAAGGCAAUUCUUGAGAGGAUGAAAUCCAAGAGCGAGUCCAAGUCCUAUCAGCUUGGCCACAGGCUGUCCCUGAAAUGGAGCACCGGGCUUGGUCCAAGAAUUGGAUGUGUGAAGGACUAUCCAAUGGAGCUCAGAAUGCAGGCUCUGGAGAUGGUAGAACUCUCACCAAGGGCAUCGACACCGUCAACCUCAAGGAGGUUACCUUCAUGCUUCUCACCCACCACGCCAACAUCACCGCUUGUGCCAAUGCAGGCCUCCCUGCCCCAGCCAAGUUAGAAGCUUUAGAAAAUCUUAUGACAUAACCAAUGUGCACGGCAGCAUGAAACCUGUGCUGUUCACCGUGGUAGCGGUUAGACCCCUACCAUAUUUCCCUAAAAAAAACCUUUGCUGUUUAGCUGUCGGAUUACUGUAUUCUGCGUUGUCAUUUUUCUAUACUGCAAAGUUCAGACACUUGGUUUGGUCUUGUGGUUCCAUUUAUACCUCCGAUAGUCGGAUGUUUGGUA